GUACUACCAUGGCCGCGACGUUCUUGCUGCUGGGGUGCCUGGCAUCCACGCACGCUUGGGGUGGGCUGUUCAACCGGUUCAGCUCCGACAUGCUCGCGAACCUUGGCUACGGCAGGGGGCCGUACCGCCACUACGCUUACGGACAGGUGGAUCCCGAGGAGAUGUACGCGGAGGCGCUGGAAGGCAACCGCAUCGAUGACGUCAUAGAAGAGCCUGCCGCCGCGCACUGCUACAGCUCCCCGUGCGCCACCAACGGUGACUGCUGCCGCGGACUCGUCUGUUUAGAUACAGAUGACGGAGGGCGCUGCUUGCCAGCAUUCGCCGGUCGGAAGCUGGGAGAGAUGUGCAACAGGGAGAACCAAUGCGACGCCGGCCUUAUCUGCGAGGAGGUUGUACCAGGUGAAAUGCGCAUCUGCCGUGCACCGACUGCGGGCCAUAAGCAAUACAACGAGGACUGCAACGCCUCUAGUGAGUGCGACAUCACGCGCGGACUGUGCUGCAUCGUGCAACGCCGCCACCGACAGAAGCCGAGGAAGAGCUGUGGAUACUUCAAAGAACCUCUAGUCUGUAUCGGUCCUGUGGCCACAGACCAAAUACGCGAAUUCGUACAGCACACAGCUGGCGAAAAGCGCAUUGGUGUAUACAGGCUGCAUUAA